GUCACAACAGAAUGUUCCAUUUCAGCAUCAAGAGGUGUACUUUGUUUACCACAACUAACUUGAAUGGAUUUAUGGUAUUAAAUAUGUCUGACUGCUCACAUAUAGGAGGCUUUGUAAAGCGAUCACAGUCUCAAGGCAAUGCUGUGUCAGCUUCAUUAUGAGGAUAGAUCACACAGUGCCCUUUUCGUCUCUGUUAGUAAGAUGUUGAGCCCACUGAGUUCAGCCCAGAAGAGGGUCAAUGACGAGGACAGUUCUGGAUCUGAUGCAGGGUCAGAGGUUGGCCCUGAACCUGAGACAGACCGGUUUGGCUUCAUUUUGACCAAUGGAUCCGAGGCUGGGAGUGUGGGUCCAGCCCCUGAGCUGGUCAGGCAGAGGGAGGCCAAAUGGAUAAGCAUCAUCAGCCAAUGGGAUCACAUCCUGCUAAAGAAAGCUAGUAAGGUCAAAGUUCAGUGUCAGAAAGGCAUCCCAGCCUCUCUCAGAGCAAAGUGCUGGCCUCUGCUGUGUGGAGCGACCGACAGGAUGAAACUAAACGAAACUAUCUACCAGACUCUGGACUCACAGCCAGCUCUGCAGAGCUGGGUGGAUGUGAUCGAGAGAGACCUGGACCGACAGUUUCCUUUCCAUGAAAUGUUCCUCUCUAAGGAUGGACAUGGGCAGCGUGGUUUGUUUCGAGUGUUGAAGGCUUACACUCAGUACAAACCAGAGGAGGGUUACUGUCAGGCACAGGGGCCGGUGGCUGCAGUGCUGCUGAUGAACAUGCCAGCUGAGGAGGCCUUCUGGUGUUUGGUGCAGAUCAGUGAGCAGUACCUGCCCGGAUAUUACAGCCCUCUGCUGGAGGGAGUCCUAUUUGAUGCAGGCAUGCUGAGCUGGGUCUUAAAAAGGACGUGUCCAGCUGUGCACAAACAUCUACAGCAGCACGGUGUGGAGCCACUCAUGUUUGCCACCGACUGGCUGAUGUGUCUCUUCACUCGUCAUCUGCCUUUCAACACGCUGCUGAGAGUCUGGGACCUUUUUUUUUGCUUUGGUGUGCGGGUGCUGCUCCAGGUGUCUGUUGUGCUUGUGCGUCGGGUGCUGGGCAGGGCGGAGCAGAGGAGGCAGUGUGAGGGCCAGAUGGAGACUCUUGAGAGGCUGAGGGGCGUCAGGGAUCAGGUCCAAGAGGAAGACGACACCUUCAUAGCAGAGGUGUGUUCUGUGCAGCUUUCAGCCAAAGAUCUGGAGAAGCAAACAGAGAAGCAGUUAGAAAAGUGGAGGAAAGACAGACCUGCUUCCACGUUUGACCCCAGAGGUCGCUGCCAUGGAUACCGGAUGGCGUGGGCAAGGGCUCGACAGACCGAGGAAGAAAAUAACAAGCGGGAACGGGAGAAAGGGAACCUGUCUGUCCCGCUGACUCGCUCAGCCUCCACCCUAUCGCUUUCUCCCUCCCUCCUUCACAGGUGGAAGAAAGGGGGGAAAGCCAACACAGGUGAAUGGAAAGGUGGAGGCAAAGUUGUGAGGCAUCUCUCAAUGGGAGCAAGUGAGGACUGGAGGAACUGUGCGGAGUUCCAUUUUAAGAAGGUGAAGGAGGUUCAGGAGGAGGAGGACGAUGUGGAUUCAGAUGAAUGUAAAAAACAAAGUGAGCUGAAUCAGAGAGAACAAACUGCACAGACAGAACUUUUAGAAGUACCUGAAAAAAAUGACACAAUCCAAAAUAAACUGACAGAGCAAGAAGAAGAAACAGUGGUAACAGAACAGAGUGAAGAAGUGGAAAAGAGAAUCAAUGAAGAGGAUAAAAGUCAACUCGAGGAGGCAGAGCAAAGUAAAAUGUUAUCAGAAGAGACAGAGGGACUGCUCAAAGGUCCAGCUGAAGAUCAGAGUGUUGAAACUACUUUACACCCUCCUGAACACAUCUCCCACAGUCAGGAAGUCCUGGAACAGCAGAGCCACACAAGCAAAGAGCAGGAAAUCCAAGUGAAAGAGUCAGAAAAACAAACAGCAGAAAGUGAACAACCAGCUGCUGUGGAGGGAGAUCAGAUACAGAAACAUGUUGAUGCUGAUUCAAACACUGAGGUAGAGAUGAAAGAGAGCGUCGACCUGAGUGAGGAGCGGAUGAAUCAAACUGACAUGAAACUGGAGGAGAGGACAGGAAGUGAGAAUGUGCAUCAGAUGCAGGUGGAGACGGCUGCAGAAAUCUCUGAAGCAACUAGUGAGAUGGACAGUGAAGUGAGAGCUCCAGUUAUCAACGACUUGCAGGAGCAAAAUCAGAAUGUGAUCACAGAGAGAGAGAAAAACUCACAGAAGGAUGCAUGUAAAGAAGAAUACCACAUGAAUGAGUCAUCAGCAGAAUCAGAUAUAAAAGAACCACACACUCAUGCAGAGACAGAUUCUGAUGUGCUGGUGCAGACUCCAGAGGAAAACACAGACAUGCAGGAGAAAGUAGAGUCAGAGGAUCCAGAACAGCAUGUAGAUUCAGAGACAGGAGCAGAGACAGUUGUUUUGUGUUGCACUGAAACAAAAGAAGGCUCUCACUCAGUGGCUGAUUCAGACACUAAAGCUGAAAUACCAGCUGCAAAUGAAAUAGUGACGUACAGUGAAGAAUCUGAAGAGUCUUCAGAGAAAGGAUGUGACACUGUAGCAUGUGCACCUACACAGGAAGAGGGAUCGAUUUCCACAGUAGACUCAGAGGAACAGCUCGACAAUAACAUACAAGCAGAAGAAACACCAACAGAGAGUCUGGUGAACAAGGAUGAUACUGACUUGUUAGGAACACAGGGGGAAGAAGUCAGUCCCAUCUCUGAGCCUGAUGGAGAAACAAGUUUGACAGAAGUGAAAGACCCUGUUGAGACUGGACCUGGAGAACAAAACAUCGAGGGCUCUGAAGUUGAGAAAAGGACAGAAAAAGUGGAGGAACUCUCUGUAGAAGAUGAUGAGGUCUUCAAAUCUACAGAUAAAACAGACUCUCAAAAUACUGAUGGGCACCCACAAGUCCAAGAACAAGAUUCAGAUUGUGCCAAAGAACAGACUGAGCACAGUAACGGCAGCCAGACUCAAGCCUGUGGGCGUUGCAACAGCAGGUCUUCUGGUGAUUAUGUCCGGAAGUCAUCUAGUUCACGUAGAUCCUGGUUGGGACGAAGGCUGUCUGAAGAUCUUUUCAUCAUGCCACUGAAAACACAGCCUAUCCCUAAUCACGAAGAAGUUUAUCUCACUGAACCGCAACCCAGUCCUGGAGCUCUUGACCCAGCCCAACCCCAAGAAGUCCCCUUGCCGCUGCCUGCUGUAGUGACUGAGAGGACUUCCACACAGCAGGAGCAGCAGCUGCCUGACCCUCCAAAACGUCUUGGUCUCUUUCGCAGACUGAGAGGAGAGCAGUCCAACAAGGGCAAACAAAAAGGAACAGCCAAAAUUCAGGUGCCCAAAAUCCUGAUACAGGAUUUUAGCGAUGGGACAGGGAUAGGGAAGCAAGUUAAAGAAGAGACACAGGAGAAACUGAGCUCCAGGGAAAGGAGGCGGAGGAGGAGGGAGCAAGAGAGGAAGGAGAAAGAGGAGGAGAAGCUGAAAAAAAGGAGAGAGAAGGAGCUGGAAAAAGAGAGGAAGAGGCCGCAGACUAGAGGGAAAAGCUUCCAAGGGGAAAAGGAUAAAGGGAGGCGUGAUGUUCCUGCAAAUACAGAAUCACAGACGCUGAGAUGUUCUGAUUCUUACGCUGAAGCUUACUUCUAACACAAACAAAUCUUUUUAUCUGAAGUGAUGUGGAGAGAUUUUAUUUUUAAUUGACUGUGCAGAGAUCUUGUCCUUAUUUUUUGAUACUUGAACCUCUUGACUUGUACAUAACUAAUAAAUAACUUUCACAAACAUUGAAAA